AAAGCUGGAAAACUGAAGACUUCUUAAUGAAAUCCAAAGAACACCAAGAUAAAUAUUCUAGAUCAGUUGUUUUCAUCAACCACAAAAAACUGAUUAAGGAGAAAGGUAAUAUAUACGAAAAGACAUUUACUCUAAGCAAAAAUCCUAUUAAUUUAAAAAAUCUCCCCUCUGAAUAUGGUACUCCUGGAACAGUUUUGAAAAAUGUUUCAGAAUUAAUCAUCAAUAAUCUAAGCCCUGCAAGAAAGAGACUUAGUGAAUGUAAUGGAUAUGGGAAAUCAUUCCUCAGUACUAAACAAGAGAUAUCUCAUCCUGGAGUCAAAUCCUAUAAACAAAGUGGGAGAGCUCUCAGUCAUAAUGAAGUACUUAGUCAGUAUCAGAAGAUGGAAACUCCAGUACAAUCACUUGGAUAUAAAGAACACGAGAAAUCCUUCCUUAAAAAGGGAGUCUUAAUUACACAUAAUAGGACUUACAGAGGGGGAAAUCUAUCUGAAUAUAGUAAAAGGAGAAGAGCAACCAAUAUUGAAAAAAAACAUACAUGCCCUGAAUGUGGGAAAUCGUUCUGCAGGAAGUCAGUAUUGAUUCUGCAUCAGGGAAUUCACACAGAAGAAAAACCCUAUCAAUGCCUUCAAUGUGGAAAUGCAUUUAGAAGAAAGUCAUAUCUCAUUGAUCAUCAGAGAACUCACACAGGAGAGAAACCCUUUGUUUGUAAUGAAUGUGGUAAGUCAUUCCGCCUAAAGACAGCACUUACUGAUCAUCAGAGAACACAUACAGGGGAGAAGUCAUAUGAAUGUCCAGAAUGUAGGAAUGCCUUCAGGUUGAAGUCACACCUCAUUCGUCAUCAGAGAACUCACACAGGAGAGAAACCAUAUGAAUGCAAUGAAUGUGGGAAGUCCUUCCGCCAGAAGACAACACUCUCUCUACAUCAGAGAAUUCAUACAGGGGAGAAACCCUAUAUUUGUAAAGAAUGUGGGAAGUCUUUUCACCAGAAGGCAAACCUUACUGUACAUCAGAGAACUCAUACAGGGGAGAAGCCUUAUAUUUGUAAUGAAUGUGGGAAGUCCUUCACCCAGAAGACAACCCUUGCUCUCCAUGAGAAAACUCAUAAUGAGGAGAAACCCUAUAUUUGUAAUGAAUGUGGGAAGUCCUUUCGCCAGAAGACAACCCUAGUAGCACAUCAGAGAACACAUACUGGGGAAAAGUCCUAUGAAUGUCCUCACUGUGGGAAGGCUUUUAGAAUGAAGUCAUACCUCAUUGAUCAUCACAGAACUCACACAGGAGAAAAACCAUAUGAAUGUAAUGAAUGUGGAAAAUCCUUUAGUCAGAAGACAAAUCUCAAUCUACAUCAGAGAAUUCAUACAGGGGAGAAACCCUAUGUUUGUAAUGAAUGUGGAAAGUCCUUUCGCCAGAAAGCAACCCUCACUGUGCAUCAGAAAAUUCAUACAGGGCAGAAAUCUUAUGAAUGUUCUCAGUGUGGGAAAGCCUUUAGCAGGAAGUCGUAUCUCAUUCAUCAUCAAAGAACUCAUACAGGAGAGAAACCAUAUAAAUGUAAUGAAUGUGGGAAGUGUUUUCGUCAGAAGACAAAUCUCAUUGUACAUCAAAGAACACACACAGGGGAGAAACCUUAUAUUUGUAAUGAGUGCAGUAAAUCCUUCAGUUAUAAGAGAAACCUCAUUGCCCACCAGAGAACUCACAAAGGAGAAAAAUGGAAAUGCAAUAAGUAAUGUGAUUUCUUUGUGAAGCCUUUUCAAGUCAUUAUGAACUUUUUACUUAAUAAAAAGCAUGGUCAAACAUGUUGUAAUAACAAUUUUAAUCACAAGUGUAAUAACAGUCAUCAGUUGAAUUAUCUAUUGGUUAUUAUACAAAAUGGGUAUAAUUAUUAUUACUAAAUUCUAUCAGCAAUGAAGUUAUUUUUUUAAGUUUUCAACUACUGCUGAAUCAGAUAGUUUAUUUAAAAAUACAUAUGCACACACACAAGCAGAGGUAAGGUAUAAAAUAAUUGUAAGCACCAAUCUCCAUAAGAGAAAGAAAAUAUGAACUGUAUUUCUUAUUGCACUCUGUGGAAUAAAAAAUAGUUGUUACUUCCCCAAAGAUAACUAUUUCAAUGGUAUAAAUAUUGUGAAGUAGUUUUUGCAUGUUGUAAAUCUUUAUAUUUUAUUAUACAUCAUUAAUUUUUUGUCUGGUUUCACUCAACAUUAUUUUAAGAUUCAUAUAUUAUUGCAUAUGGCAAUAUGUAUUUAUUUUCAUCCUGUAUACUGUUACAUCUUAAAAAUAUACUAUUCUGUUGAUGAACAUUUGUAUUUUUUUAAGUUUUGUGUUAUAAUAAAAACACUGCUGUAA